AUCCUUUUUGAUUCUAGCCUGUCGGAUUUUAUCGAUAUUCGUCAUUACGACAUAAUGGGCAUUAGAUUCCGUCGAUUUCCCACCGACUGCUCGCCCGCUGCUCACACUGCUCAUUUCAUCGGAGUGUCGCAUUGUGCGCGUGCCGGCUCGUGACCCACUUUCCGGCCAGUAUGUGUGCCAGUCGCGUAGCCGUGAACCCGCGGCGCGCGAUUACGUCGACGCGCGCACCGCGGCCGGCAAACCCACCGAAGAGAAAACCACCGACGGCAAACAUCGAAGAAAGAGAAGACCAGCCGCCGCACUUUCACAGCAGCAGCGACCCAGUCCGACUUCAGUAGUUCGGCCACCGUUAGCAGGAUGAUUCGGUACGGUCGCCACACGGGCUGAUAUCCCACCGCCGCACGAGUGAGCAGCGCGCCGGCGAAAGGGCUCUCGUUAAUCCGGUGUUUUUCUUUGUUUUCUUGGUUCCUUACUUUGUGUUUUUCCCGACGUCCCGCGAUGCGGCUGUAAUCUGUACACCUGCGUGUGUGGGCGUCUCUCUACCACUGCCGGUAUUUGCAUUCGGGGGGCGGUUGCCGCCUGCAAACAGAAGCAGGAUGUUCGCGCGGAUCACCUUCUAUCCGACGCUGAUGUACAACGUCUUCAUGGAGCGUUUCACGCAGCGCAACUGGUAUGAUCGUGUCGAUCAGAAUGUCAUUCUCGGCGCGCUGCCGUUUCCGAAUCUCACGCAGGAGCUAAUCGAGAAAGAAAACGUCAAGGCCGUUAUAUCCAUGAACGAGGAUUACGAAUUGUGGUUUGCUAAUGAUAAAGAGAAAUGGCGAGCCGUCGGUGUCAACUUUCUGCAGUUAUCUACCACGGACAUAUUCGAAACGCCGUGCCAGAAGAAACUAAUCGACGGUGUCGAAUUUAUCAGAAAAUACCUCCCCGCCAACCCGUCGCCGUCAAAGACCACAGCGAUAGAAAAGAAUGAAAUCGGAGACACGGUGUAUGUGCACUGCAAGGCCGGACGGACGCGCAGCGCAACAUUAGUUGGAUGUUAUUUAAUGACUAGAAAUUCCUGGACGCCGGAGGAAGCGGUCGCGCAUAUGAAGAGCAAACGACCGCAUAUUUUGCUGCACACGGCGCAGUGGAAUGCUCUGCGGUCGUUUUACAACGACAUCCUGCAGAACAACGCGGCGUUGACCUAGCAUAGCGCAAUAAUCUAGGUCUAGGUAGUUAUUUUCUUCGAAAAUCCUUUCAAAUUCAAUCCCUUUUGCGUACAUAUUGAAGUAAAAUUAAAAUUUGCGAGAAAAAGCAACAACGAGACAAUAAUAACGAUUUGAACUUUUACGCGUUUAAUACUAAUCUACGUUUUGCGAGCGCAAGACGCGAACAAUACACAUAGUGAGAAUAGGAUGUAAGAGACGAAAUCGACGCUCAAUAUCUUAAAAAGAGUUUACUUACAAACAAAAAACGAAACUCCUGAAACUUAACAAUUAACAAACAAUGUUUUGCGGCAAUCAAUCACACACGAGGUUUAAAACGGACGCAGAAUAGACAAUAAUUAUAUUGCAUAUCGAAUAGGCAUAUGAAUAUAUACGAAUCAAUAUCGCACAGGAUUUUAAUCGAAAUUGAGGAAACAAUAAUUAAUAUUUAACGAAGUAUUUAUCAUGUUUGCGUAUCAGGUAAAGAGAUGAGGCGAAAUCAAUUCGAGACAAGAUUUCUAAUGCAAUUUUUAAGAGUUAUAAUAAAUUAUAUAUUCAAUUCGUCGAAUUUGCGCGUAGCGGCUUUGGUUUCUCGGCAAACUCGAAGCGGCCAGUUGACACAUUGACAAUAAUAUAAAUAUAAUACAUUUGUUUUACCCGA